AUGGCUGAAGCUGCUGUUAGCGCUACCAUUAAGGUUCUGUUGGGGACGGUUAUUUCCCUUGCCACUGACCGUACUAGUUUGGUUCUUGUGUUCGAAAAGGAUUUGGAGAAAUUAAGCCAAUUUGCUACAAUGAUCCAGGACUUCUUGGAUGAUGCUGACGAAAAAAUGCAUAGGAAAGCGGUGCGGCGAUGGCUGAAUCAGCUUGAAGAAGAGGUUUUUAAAGUGGACAAUGUGCUGGACGAGCUCAACUAUGAAAAACUCCGUCGGGAGGUGAAGUACAGAAAUCAACUCAAGAAGAAGGUAUGCUUCUUCUUCUCGAACUUCAAUACAAUUGGUUUGCGUUUGAAAUUGGCUUCGGAGAUCAGGGAAAUCAACACCAACCUUGAAAGGAUUAAUCGACAAGCCAAUGACAUGGGACUGGUCGUCAGGUGCCAAAAUGACGCUGCACUCCCUGCUUCUGCUAGAGUCACAACAAGCCGACUAACUGACUCUACUGUUGUUCUAGAUGUAGUGGGUAGAACAAAGGAUGAAUCAAAGAUAAUAGAAAUGUUGUUAAGCCCGGCUGAAAGAGUUGUCUCUGUGAUUCCCGUGACCGGCAUGGGAGGAAUAGGAAAAACAACUUUGGCCAAAUCAGUCUACAAUAAUCCACAAAUUGGUCGUCACUUUGGAAAAAACAAAUUUUGGGUGUGUGUGGCUAGAAAAAUCGAAAUAAUGGAGCUCUUCAAAUUCAUUUUAGUACAAUUGACAGAAGAAGAAGUAAAAGUGGACGACAGGAAUGUUAUCGUUAAGAAAAUUGGAGAUAAGCUCGAGAGACAAAAAUAUUUCCUUGUCCUUGACGAUGUGUGGAAUCAUGAACAAGGAUUGUGGAAUGAAUUUUUUACCACUUUGGAGGGACUAAAUCCAACCAAAGGAAGCUGGUGUCUUGUCACUACUCGUGACGAACGUGUGGCUGAUGCUGUGUCUAAAAUUCUGAAGAUGAAUCAUCAUCCUCAUUGCUUAGAAAAGCUAUCAUAUGAUGAGUGUUGGUCUAUCUUGAGAAAAAUGGUACUGGCAGGGGAAGAAGUAUCACAGGAAUUGGAAGCAAUAAAGAUGCAAAUUUUAAGAAAAUGUAGUGGCCUACCUCUGGCAGCAAAGUUAAUUGGAGGCUUGUUGCUUAGCAAUGGAAAAGAGAAUUGGCAAUCUAUCGUGGACGAUAGUCUCUUGAAUGAAGACCAAGGCCAAAUCAAUCAAAUACUUAAGGUGAGCUUUGAUCAUUUAUCACCUCCAUCAGUUAAGAAAUGUUUUGCAUAUUGCGCAAUUUUUCCUCAGGACACUAAAUUGAGAGAAGAUGGACUAAUUCAGCAUUGGAUUGCAGAAGGUUUUGUUCUAAAGAAUAAUGGAGUGAUGGAGGAAACAGGAGGCGAGUAUUUGAGGAUUUUGUUGCAAAAUUCCUUGCUGGAAAAAGUCGAAGAGUCGUGGAGAACGUACUAUGAAAUGCACGAUCUUGUGCAUGAUUUUGCAAAAUCAAUUCUCAAUCCAAAAAGCAGCAAUCAGGAUCGCUACCUUGCAUUGAACUCUUCUGAAGGUUUGGCAGAAAAUACCACAAGGACAAUACCAACAUCAAUUCGCACGUUAUUUCUCCAUCUAGAAGGUGGCAUAUCUGCUGACAUGCUUUUAAGAUUCAAGUACUUGCAUGUUCUCAGAUUGUCUGGCGAUGAUGUCGAGUUUCUACCAAGCUCCAUUGGCAAACUACUACAUUUGCGGUUGCUCGACAUUUCAUCUUCUAGAAUCAAAAGUUUGCCAGAUUCUCUUUGCAAGCUAUAUAAUUUGCAGACACUAACGAUGAGCGAUGGUGCACUUAAAGGUGGUUUUCCAAAACGGAUGAGCGAUUUGAUUAGCUUGAGACAUCUAAAAUACUAUCAUUAUCAUAUAGAAUUUAAAAUGCCGAUGCAGAUGGGACGAUUGACUUGUCUUCAAACUCUAGAGUUCUUUAAUGUAAGCCAAGAGAAGGAUUGUGGUGUCGAACAGCUUGGGGCCUUGAAAUAUCUUAAAGGAUCGUUGCAUUUAAGAAAUCUUGGACUAGUAAAGGGCAAAGAAGCAGCUAAACAAGCAAAAUUGUUUGAAAAGCCAAAUCUAUCGUGUUUGGUGUUUGAAUGGGAGAGUAGGGAUCGGGAAAGUGAUAACCGUGAUGAGGAUGUGUUGGAAGGUCUCCAACCUCACCCAAAUUUGGAAAAGCUGAAAAUUGAUUCUUGUAUGGGUAAUAAAUUUCCGCAAUGGUUUAUCAAUUUGUCAAAAUUGGUGGAGUUGCGAAUACAAUUUUGUAGGAGAUCCAGUGAACUCCCCGCAUUAGGACAACUACCAUCCCUCAAACGUCUCUAUUUGAUAAGCUUGGACAACAUCCUAUCUGUUGGAGAUGAAUUCUACGGUAUUACUACUAAUGAGGAGGAGGGCAGAUCACGAGAAUCAGGCAGCAGCACUAGAAGACGAAAAUUCUUUCCUGUCCUUGAAGAACUCCGUGUAGCAGAUAUGUGGAAUUUGGUAGAGUGGAAGGAUGCAGACCAAGUGAGGUCAACAACAGGUGAAGGAGAAGUAGAUGCCUUUCCCAUGCUGAGGGAUUUGAUGCUCGUGGGAUGCUACAAUCUUAGGGAGCUGCCAGAAGAUGUGUUUGGAUCGAGAUUGCAGCGGCUGACCAUCUCAAUUUGCCCAAGACUAAUUUGUCUAGGAGUAAAUAGACAGAAAUGCCCCCUACCAUGUCUUAAGUGGUUGAGUAUUCAACAUUGCUAUGGGUUGACCACUAUACCCGACAAAAUGUUCGAGUCAUGCCCGUCUUUGCGGUACCUAUGGGUGGCGGACUGCCCGAAUCUGGUGUCAUUUUCGCUUAAUUUGCAGGAGACGCCUUCUCUCGAGGAAUUCAUCUUAAGAGCAUGUCCCAAAUUGAUCCCUCGUAGGUUCAAAGGAUUUGCUUUUGCGACCAGCUUAAGAGGAUUGAGCAUCAACAGUCCCUUCUCCUCAGAUAACUCCUCAAUCGAUGAUUUUGAUUGGUCUGGUUUAAGACAUGCAUCAACACUCCGUGAGCUUCGCUUAGAAGGGCUGCCUCACCCGGAGUCCCUGCCACACCAACUUCAAUACUUGACUACCCUCACUUCACUAAGUCUGGACAACUUUGGAGGUUUAGAAGCGCUACCAGAUUGGAUUGGAGACCUUGUGUCCCUUGAAACCCUAAAGCUAUGGUUUUGCAAAAAGCUUCAAUCUUUACCAUCCGAGGCCACCAUGAGACGCCUCACCAAGUUAACAAGUGUUGAAGUUUAUCGGUGUCCUCUAUUAAGACAACGAUACACUCCCCAAAGAGGCAUCUACUUGGCGGAGGAGAUUUCAAGUGAUCCUGCAAGCAGUGAGAGUGAAGAAGAAGAAAUCGAUGACAAUGAACUAGCAGGCAGAGAGGGUGAACAAAAAAGCAUUGAUAGUGCUGAAACAUCAGCUUCAUGGUGUUCCCCAUCGUUGUUGAAGAAGAAGAAGAGCUCAAGAGAGUCUUAGGAGGCAUAGCUUAAGUUAUUGGAGAAAGGACAGCAUCGUUUGUUGUUGCAUUUCUUACUAGAAUACCAAGGGACAGAAGUUAUUUUCAUUGACCAGACAGGGUUUGAAGAUGAUUUCAUUGACCAGACAGGGUUUGAAGAUGAAGGCAAUUAUCAAUGAUGUUUAUUAAGCUCAUUAGAUAUCAUUAGCUAUGAUGGAGGCUUCAUAAAUAGUUGGUUCUCCCCAAGUUUCUCAAACAUAAGUUUUUCAUCUUCUCCUACUCAGACUGCAGAAAGGAAGCAUGCUGAUUGCUGAACUGAAAAUGGCUAGUAGCAGGCCUGCUAAGUGUGAUAUGGAGGACGAAGAAAUUAGGGGGAGGGGGAGGGGGGGGGAAGCAUGGAAGCUGACACUGGAGAGCUAUCAACAUACAAGGCUUAUUUCAAUCAAACUGGAGUUGGUCUAUUGGUUCAGAAGGGAUUUCUGGGAAAGAGUUGGAUGCAUUAGAAUGAUGUGAUAAGUACAUCCUGAUAACCGUCCAAGGUUCCAGAGGGAGUAUGUUGAGCACAAUAACAAGCUGUUGUACUACAUCCUUGAUAUGUCCUGUUCCUGGCACCAUCAAGAUUGAAGAUUUGGAGAAUCAACAGCAAGGCCUUGUCAGUGAAUUUGAAAGUUUGGAUAUAUUGCUUCAGUUGAUGCAGCAAAAGCCAACUGAUUUCAUGGCAGAAACAUGAUUUCUCACUUUUGCGAUUUUUUCCCCUCGUUUGAAUAAUGUACAUGACAGGGUGUCGAGCCUGUGCAAUAAUAAAUACCUGCUCAAAUAAAAUACAAAUUCUGUA